GGUGCCAUUAGAUGUGACAUGAAGUGGCUUUGCUUUCAUGAGACCUGGCGUUAGGGGACGGGGAGAGCUGGUUCAGAAGCUUUCAACAAAGCAGAGCAACGCAAGGCCAGCAGCCGGCCGGCAGGUGGGGAGUAGGGGCCGGUGGGUGGACGGCGGCGUACUCGGUUACAGGGAGUUCCCAGCCCGGCCCCUCUGGAAGCCCCCGGGGCCUGAUUGGCUUUGGGGCAGCGCGGCCUUUGCUCUCUCCGUGGGGAGUCCAGUAUAACAGGGCGCCCGGCACCAGCCGCGCGCAGCUCCGCGGAGGUGGCUGCCAGGUGUGCUGGCCCAGGUGCCCGGCAGGGCUACGGGAGCGUGAGGACCAGGAGCCAGACGCCGCCCAGACAUCCCACAAAUCCGGCGGCCCUCGGAGGCCGCCCCCCAGGCAGCGAGAGGGGCCCCUAGGCCCGCGCCCCAGACCCGGCGAUGGCGGGAGAGGCCCGGGCUGGCGGGGACGCGGCGUUGCGCCGCCUCCUGAGGCUGCACCGCACCGAGAUCGCCGUGGCCGUGGACAGCGCCUUCCCGCUGCUGCACGCGCUGGCCGACCACGACGUGGUCCCGGAGGACAAGUUCCAGGAGACGCUGCGCCUGAAGGAGAAGGAGGGCUGCCCGCAGGCCAUCCACACGCUCCUCACCUGGCUUCUGACCCAGGACGCCGCCGUCAUCCUGGACUUCUGGCGGGUGCUUUUCAAGGACUACAACCUGGAGAGAUACGCCCGACUGCAGCCCAUCCUGGACAGCUUUCCUAAAGAUGUGGACCUCAGCCAGCCCCGGAAGGGGAGAAAGCCCCCAGCUGGCCCCAAGGCUGCAGUGCCCCUGCCCAGGCCCCCCACCAAGAGGAAGGUCCUGGAGGAGCCUCGGACGGCCCCCGCAGCAGCAGCCGUGUCCCCCAGGAAUGCCCCCAGCCCAGGCUCCCAAGGGAAGGCCAAGCCCCCCAAGAAACCGGAGACCACCGCGGAGCCACAGCGCCUCCCGCUGGGGAAUGGAAUCCAGACCAUGUCUGCUUCGGUCCAGAGAGCCGUGGCUGUGUCCUCUGGGGACAUCCCAGGAGCCCGCGGGGCCAUGGAGGGAAUCCUCAUCCAGCAGGUGUUUGAGUCAGGUGGCGCCCAGAAGUGCAUCCAGGUUGGGGGCGUUUACACGCCCAGCAAGUUUGAGGACCCCGGCGGGGGGAAGAGCAAGGCCCGCAGCGGUGGUGGCCUGAAGACUCUGGUCCGAGCCAAAGGGACCCAGGUUGCUGCCCCUGCUGGAGGGGACCCAAGGGCAGGCCAGCAGGGCAGGGGCCCGGCCCCUCCUCCCCUCCCCAGCGAGCCCCAGCUCCAUCAGAAGAACGAAGAUGAGUGUGCAGUGUGCCGGGACGGCGGGGAGCUCAUCUGCUGUGACGGCUGCCCCCGGGCCUUCCACCUGGCCUGCUUGUCCCCGCCACUCCGGGAGAUUCCCAGUGGGACCUGGAGGUGCUCCAGCUGCCUCCAAGGAGGAGUCCAGAGGGACCUGCCCCGGCCCGAGGAGCCGCGGCCCCAGGAGCUGCCUGCCGAGACCCGGGUCAUCCUGGGACUCAGGUCGGCAGGAGAGGAGGUGAGGGGACUGACCAAAGAGCCUCCAGCUGGAAUGGACACUGCUGUCACCUACAAGCACCUGCUGGCCCCGCCUUCCGCAGCCCCACUGCCCACAUUGGACCCCUCAGCCCUGCGCCCCCUGCUAUGUUUGGGCCCUGAGGGGCAGCAGGGCCCGGCUCCGGGCGCGCGGUGCGGAGUGUGCGGGGACGGAGCCGACGCGCUGCGGUGCGCGCACUGCGCGGCCGCCUUCCACUGGCGCUGCCACUUCCCCGCAGGCGCCAGGCCCGGGGCCGUCCUGCGCUGCAGAGCCUGCUCCGGAGACCCCGCCCUGGCUCCGGCCCCGGGGGAGGGGGUGCCCGCCCCGAGCUCCGCUCGCCAGGCAUCCGGGCCCGCCAAGGCAGGGGACGAUGGUGCCGGUCAUGAGCCUGCUCUGCACCGGGAUGACCUGGAGUCCCUCCUGAGCGAGCACUCCUUUGAGGGCAUCCUGCAGUGGGCCAUCCAGAGCAUGUCCCGCCCGCUGGCCAGCGAGGCGCCCACCUUCCCCUCCUGAUCCAGGGCCACCGCAGCGCCGGGGGAGGGGCACGGGCGGACCGGGAGUGCCCACUCAUGCUCACAGUGACUCUGCUGUGAGAGGGGCAGGGGCCACGCUCCCGCACCCCCGGAAGUGUCCAGGUUAGGGCCAGGAGAACUGGAGAGCUCCAAGUGCUGGCAAUACUGGCUCGUAAACAGCCUGUCUGCGGUGACACAGGGCCAUAGUGUGUGCUGAAAUUAAAGUCGCUUCUGUGUGGUUUUGA